CCCCGACUCUGCUUUGGCAUUUGCUUGUUCAGAGUACAGAACCGAAACAAAAAGAAAAAAAAACGCAAGAGAGGAUGGCAAGGUACGAUAGAGCAAUAACGGUGUUCUCGCCAGAUGGGCAUCUGUUCCGUGAGUACGCUCUAGAAGCCGUCCGUAAAGGCAACGCCGUCGUCGGUGUCCGUGGCGCCGACAACGGUCUCGCUGUCGAGAAGAAAUCAACUCCCAAACUCCAAGACUACAGAUCAGUUAGGAAGAUUGUAAGUCUGGAUAACCACAUCGCAUUGGCAUGCGCUGGACUCAAGGCAGAUGCUCGCGUGCUAAUAAACAGAGCACGGAUUGAAUGUCAAAGCCAUAGGCUAACAGUUGAGGACCCAGUGACAGUAGAGUAUAUUACCCGUUACAUUGCUGGGCUUCAGCAGAAGUACACUCAAAGUGGUGGAGUGAGACCUUUCGGCCUUUCAACUCUUAUUGUGGGCUUUGAUCCAUAUUCAGGUGCACCCUCACUAUAUCAAACAGAUCCAUCAGGUACUUUUUCUGCCUGGAAAGCCAAUGCAUCUGGGAGAAACUCUAACUCAAUUCGAGAGUUUCUGGAGAAAAACUACAAGGAAACCUCUGGGCAAGAAACUGUAAAGCUUGCAAUUAGGGCAUUGCUUGAGGUUGUUGAAAGUGGGGGAAAGAACAUAGAAGUUGCUGUAAUGACAAAGGAGCAUGGUCUGCGCCAACUUGAAGAAGCAGAAAUCGAUGCCCUCGUAGCUGAAAUUGAAGCGGAGAAAGCAGCUGCUGAAGCUGCUAAAAAGGCUCCUCCUAAAGAAACAUGAUCUCAGAUUCCCCUCACUGCAUCUUUUGAUUCCUGAAUGACCUUUGUUGUACUGCAACUUUUAUAAGUCCAUACUUGGGAAGUCGAUCAGCAUUUGCUGUGAUGCCUUUCGGAGUAAUGGCAGGAUAGGAUAUUUACAAACCGAUGUUAACUGGUGAGAUCCAAUUAAUUCAUCUGAAGAACAGUUUAGCUUCAGAACAUGAAGCAGAAAUGCAUUUGUACUUGUAUGGGUUUAUGAUUUUUAAGACCGCAGUUGGAUUGCAUGGCUUCUUUU